CCGGCACCGCCCCCGGAGCCCGAGAGCGGCAGGACCAGCUAGCGGCGGCCAGCGGAGGCCAGCAGCGGCAGAGGGACCCAAGGGACCGAGCAGAGAAGUCGGGACAAAAGUGGGAAAAGAGCAGGAACGAGAGAGGAUCCGGACGCCAGUCCGUCCCGCCGUCCGGAGGAGCCACUCCGGGACAGCCCCGACCGGCCGCUGCGCCCCCCGUCCAGCCGGAGCCCACCUCCCGCCUCCGGACACCUGGUCCUAGCCCCGGGCCACGGACGCCGGCCCCCAGGCCUCACCCCGGGAGGCGGACGCCAACCCCAGGGUCCACCCCGGCCCUCCGGACACCGACCCCGGGGUCCACCCGGGCUCCGGACACCGACCCCGGGACCCACCCAGAGCCCGGACAGCGGCCCCCGCGAGCCGCCCCCCGCUCCCACACCAUGAUGAACAACAGCGGCUACCCCGAGGGCCCGGCCCUGGGCCUCGGCGAGGAGGCGGAGGAGAUGCCGUCCACGGAGAAGGACCUGGCAGAGGACGCGCCCUGGAAGAAGAUCCAGCAGAACACGUUCACCCGCUGGUGCAACGAGCACCUCAAGUGCGUGGGCAAGCGGCUGGGCGACCUGCAGCGGGACCUGAGCGACGGGCUGCGGCUCAUCGCGCUGCUCGAGGUGCUCAGCCAGAAGCGCAUGUACCGCAAAUUCCACCCGCGACCCAAUUUCCGCCAGAUGAAGCUCGAGAACGUGUCCGUGGCCCUCGAGUUCCUGGAGCGUGAGCACAUCAAGCUCGUGUCCAUCGACAGCAAGGCCAUCGUGGAUGGGAACCUAAAGCUGAUCCUGGGGCUGAUCUGGACCCUGAUCCUGCACUACUCCAUCUCCAUGCCCAUGUGGGAGGAUGAGGACGACGAGGAUGCCCGCAAACAGACCCCCAAGCAGCGGCUGCUGGGUUGGAUCCAGAACAAGGUGCCCCAGCUGCCCAUCACCAACUUCAACCGUGACUGGCAGGAUGGCAAGGCACUGGGUGCCCUGGUAGACAACUGUGCCCCCGGCCUGUGCCCCAACUGGGAGACGUGGGACCCCAACCAGCCUGUGGAGAAUGCCCGAGAGGCCAUGCAGCAGGCUGACGACUGGCUCGGCGUGCCCCAGGUGAUUGCCCCAGAGGAGAUCGUGGACCCCAAUGUGGAUGAACACUCUGUCAUGACCUACCUGUCCCAGUUUCCUAAAGCCAAGCUCAAGCCAGGGGCCCCUGUGCGCUCCAAGCAGCUGAACCCCAAAAAAGCCACAGCCUAUGGACCCGGCAUCGAGCCCCAUGGGAACACGGUGCUGCAGCCAGCCCACUUCACGGUGCAGACAGUAGACGCGGGGCUGGGGGAAGUGCUGGUCUACAUCGAGGACCCCGAGGGCCACACCGAGGAGGCUAAAGUCGUGCCCAAUAAUGACAAGGAUCGAACCUUCGCUGUCUCCUAUGUGCCCAAGGUGGCUGGACUGCACAAGGUGACAGUGCUGUUCGCUGGCCAGAACAUCGAGCGAAGCCCCUUCGAGGUGAAUGUGGGCAUGGCCCUAGGAGACGCCAACAAGGUGUCAGCCCGGGGACCUGGCUUGGAACCUGUGGGAAAUGUAGCCAACAAACCCACCUACUUUGAUAUCUACACUGCAGGGGCAGGCACCGGCGACGUGGCCGUGGUGAUCGUGGACCCCCAGGGCCGGCGGGACACAGUGGAGGUGGCGCUGGAAGACAAGGGUGACAACACGUUCCGUUGCACCUACCGGCCUGUGCUGGAGGGGCCACACACCGUGCAUGUGGCCUUCGCUGGGGCCCCCAUUACCCGCAGCCCCUUCCCUGUCCACGUGGCUGAAGCCUGCAAUCCCAAUGCCUGUCGGGCCGCGGGCCGGGGCCUCCAGCCCAAAGGAGUGAGGGUGAAGGAGGUGGCUGACUUCAAGGUGUUCACCAAGGGCGCCGGCAGUGGGGAGCUCAAGGUCACAGUCAAGGGUCCAAAGGGCACGGAGGAGCCCGUGAAGGUCCGGGAGGCUGGUGACGGCGUGUUCGAGUGUGAAUACUACCCAGUGGUCCCCGGGAAGUAUGUGGUCACCAUCAGCUGGGGUGGCUAUGCCAUACCCCGCAGCCCCUUCGAGGUGCAGGUGAGCCCCGAGGCCGGAACUCAGAAGGUGCGAGCCUGGGGCCCUGGCCUGGAGACAGGACAAGUGGGCAAGUCGGCUGACUUUGUGGUGGAGGCCGUCGGCACGGAGGUGGGGACACUGGGCUUCUCCAUCGAGGGCCCCUCCCAGGCGAAGAUCGAAUGUGACGACAAGGGCGACGGCUCCUGCGAUGUACGCUACUGGCCCACAGAGCCCGGGGAGUAUGCGGUGCACGUCAUCUGUGAUGACGAGGACAUCCGGGACUCACCUUUCAUUGCCCACAUCCAGCCCGCCCCCCCAGACUGCUUCCCCGACAAGGUAAAGGCUUUUGGUCCGGGGCUAGAACCCACAGGCUGUAUUGUGGACAAACCAGCCGAGUUUACCAUCGAUGCCCGGGCCGCGGGCAAGGGCGACCUCAAGCUCUAUGCCCAGGAUGCUGAAGGGUGCCCCAUAGACAUCAAAGUCCAGCCCAAUGGAGAUGGGACCUUCCGUUGCUCCUACGUGCCCACCAAGCCCAUCAAGCACACCAUCAUCGUCACCUGGGGUGGUGUCAAUGUCCCCAAGAGUCCUUUCCGGGUGAACGUGGGAGAAGGCAGCCACCCAGAGCGGGUGAAGGUGUAUGGUCCUGGCGUGGAGAAGACAGGGCUCAAAGCCAAUGAGCCCACCUACUUCACUGUGGACUGCAGUGAGGCCGGGCAAGGGGACGUGAGCAUUGGCAUCAAGUGUGCCCCGGGUGUGGUGGGCCCCGCUGAGGCUGACAUCGACUUCGACAUCAUCAAGAAUGACAACGACACCUUCACUGUCAAGUACACGCCCCCUGGGGCUGGCCACUACACCAUUAUGGUGCUGUUUGCCAACCAGGAGAUCCCGGCCAGUCCCUUCCACAUCAAGGUUGACCCAUCCCACGAUGCCAGCAAGGUGAAGGCCGAGGGCCCUGGGCUCAACCGCACCGGUGUCGAAGUGGGGAAGCCCACACAUUUCACAGUGCUGACCAAGGGGGCUGGCAAGGCCAAGCUGGAUGUAAGCUUUGCUGGAGCAGCCAAGGGCGAGGCCGUGCGGGACUUCGAGAUCAUCGACAAUCAUGACUACUCCUACACUGUCAAGUACACGGCCCUCCAGCAGGGCAACAUGGCGGUGACGGUGACUUACGGUGGGGACCCGGUCCCCAAGAGCCCCUUUGUGGUGAAUGUGGCGCCUCCUCUGGACCUCAGCAAGGUCAAAGUUCAAGGCCUCAACAGCAAGGUGGCAGUGGGGCAGGAACAGGCCUUCUCCGUGAACACACGCGGGGCCGGAGGCCAGGGUCAGCUGGAUGUCCGGAUGACCUCUCCCUCGCGCCGGCCAAUCCCCUGCAAGCUGGAGCCCGGGGGUGGGGCCGAGGCCCAGGCUGUGCGCUACAUGCCUCCAGAGGAGGGACCCUACAAAGUGGACAUCACCUACGAUGGACAUCCCGUGCCUGGCAGCCCCUUCGCCGUUGAGGGUGUGCUGCCCCCGGAUCCUUCCAAGGUGUGUGCCUAUGGGCCAGGCCUGAAGGGCGGGCUGGUGGGCAAGCCAGCGCCAUUCUCCAUCGACACCAAGGGGGCGGGCACCGGGGGCCUGGGCCUAACGGUGGAGGGCCCCUGCGAGGCCAAGAUCGAGUGCCAGGACAAUGGGGAUGGCUCAUGCGCGGUCAGCUAUCUGCCGACGGAGCCGGGCGAAUACUCCAUCAACAUCCUGUUCGCCGAGGCCCACAUCCCCGGCUCCCCCUUCAAGGCCGACAUCCGGCCCGUCUUCGACCCCAGCAAGGUGCGGGCUAGCGGGCCGGGACUGGAGCGCGGCAAGGCAGGUGAGGCGGCCACCUUCACCGUGGACUGCUCGGAGGCGGGCGAGGCGGAACUGACCAUCGAGAUCCUCUCGGACGCCGGUGUCAAGGCCGAGGUGCUGAUCCAUAACAAUGCCGACGGCACCUACCACAUCACCUACAGCCCCGCCUUCCCCGGCACCUACACCAUCACCAUCAAGUACGGUGGCCACCCCGUACCCAAGUUCCCGGCCCGGGUCCGCGUCCACCCUGCCGUCGACACCAGCGGCGUCAAGGUCUCCGGCCCCGGGGUGGAGCCCCACGGCGUCCUGCGGGAGGUGACCACCGAAUUCACAGUGGACGCACGCUCCCUGACCGCCACGGGAGGGAACCACGUGACGGCUCGCGUGCUUAACCCCUCGGGGGCCAAGACGGACACCUACAUCACAGACAAUGGGGACGGCACUUACCGGGUGCAGUACACGGCCUACGAAGAGGGGGUGCAUCUGGUGGAAGUCCUUUACGAUGACGUGGCUGUGCCCAAGAGCCCGUUCCGGGUAGGGGUGACCGAAGGCUGUGACCCAACCCGAGUCCGCGCCUAUGGCCCCGGCCUGGAGGGAGGACUUGUCAAUAAAGCCAAUCGCUUCACCGUGGAGACCAGGGGGGCCGGCACCGGGGGUCUGGGCCUGGCCAUCGAGGGCCCCUCGGAGGCGAAGAUGUCCUGCAAGGACAACAAAGAUGGCAGUUGCAGUGUGGAGUACAUCCCUUUCACCCCCGGGGACUACGAUGUCAACAUCACCUUUGGCGGGCGGCCCAUUCCAGGAAGUCCAUUCCGUGUGCCCGUGAAGGACGUGGUAGACCCCGGCAAAGUGAAGUGCUCGGGGCCGGGGCUGGGGGCUGGGGUCCGGGCCCGCGUCCCCCAGACCUUCACCGUGGACUGCAGCAAAGCCGGCCGAGCCCCUCUUCAAGUGGCCGUGCUGGGGCCCACAGGAGUAGCCGAGCCCGUGGAAGUGCGGGAUAAUGGAGAUGGCACUCACACUGCAAACUACACUCCGGCCACCGAUGGUCCCUACACUGUGGCCGUCAAGUAUGCUGACCAGGAAGUGCCUCGCAGCCCCUUCAAGAUCAAGGUGCUGCCAGCCCACGAUGCCAGCAAGGUGCGUGCCAGCGGCCCAGGGCUCAACGCCGCGGGCAUUCCUGCCAGCCUGCCCGUCGAGUUCACCAUCGAUGCCCGUGAUGCUGGGGAGGGGCUGCUCACCGUGCAGAUUCUGGACCCAGAGGGGAAGCCUAAGAAGGCAAACAUCCGGGACAAUGGGGAUGGCACCUACACAGUGUCCUACCUGCCAGAUAUGAGCGGCCGCUAUACCAUCACCAUCAAGUACGGGGGUGAUGAGAUCCCCUACUCGCCCUUCCGCAUCCACGCCCUGCCCACCGGGGAUGCCAGCAAGUGUCUCGUCACAGUGUCCAUCGGGGGCCACGGCUUGGGCGCGUGCCUAGGUCCACGGAUCCAGAUCGGAGAAGAGACGGUGAUCACGGUGGAUGCCAAGGCGGCAGGGAAAGGCAAGGUGACGUGCACGGUGUCCACGCCGGAUGGGGCAGAGCUGGACGUGGAUGUGGUGGAGAACCACGACGGCACCUUCGACAUCUACUACACCGCGCCCGAGCCGGGCAAGUACGUCAUCACCAUCCGCUUCGGAGGAGAGCACAUCCCCAACAGCCCCUUCCAUGUGCUGGCGUGUGACCCCAUCCCUCACGUGGAGGAGCCAUGUGACACCCUGCAGCUUCACCAGCCCUUCCCUCCACACCGGCCCAGCGCCUAUCCCGCCCACUGGGCCACAGAGGAGCCGGUGGCCCCAGCCGAGCCUCUAGAGUCCAUGCUGAGACCCUUCAAUCUGGUCAUCCCCUUCACAGUCCAGAAGGGAGAGAUCACAGGUGAAGUGCGGAUGCCCUCGGGCAAGACAGCCCGACCCAACAUCACGGACAACAAGGAUGGCACCAUCACAGUGAGGUAUGCGCCCAGCGAGAAGGGCCUCCAUGAGAUGGGCAUCAAAUAUGAUGGCAACCACAUCCCUGGGAGCCCUCUGCAGUUCUACGUCGACGCGAUCAACAGCCGCCAAGUGAGCGCCUACGGGCCAGGUCUGAGCCACGGCAUGGUCAACAAGCCGGCCACCUUCACCAUCGUCACCAAGGAUGCUGGGGAAGGGGGUCUGUCCCUGGCCGUCGAAGGCCCGUCCAAGGCUGAGAUCACCUGCAAGGAUAACAAGGACGGCACCUGCACUGUCUCCUACCUGCCCACGGCACCCGGGGACUACAGCAUCAUCGUUCGCUUCGAUGACAAGCACAUCCCUGGAAGUCCCUUCACUGCCAAGAUCACAGGCGAUGACUCCAUGCGCACAUCGCAGCUGAAUGUGGGCACUUCCACGGAUGUGUCCCUGAAGAUCACAGAGAGUGACCUGAGCCUGCUGACCGCCAGCAUCCGCGCCCCUUCGGGCAACGAGGAACCAUGCCUGCUCAAGCGGCUGCCCAACCGGCAUAUUGGGAUCUCAUUCACACCCAAGGAGGUGGGUGAGCACGUGGUGAGCGUGCGCAAGAGUGGCAAGCACGUCACCAACAGCCCCUUCAAGAUCUUCGUGGGACCCUCAGAGAUUGGAGACGCCAGCAAAGUGCGGGUCUGGGGCAAGGGCCUUUCUGAGGGUCACACCUUCCAGGUGUCCGAGUUCAUCGUGGACACCCGCACUGCAGGAUAUGGUGGCCUGGGGCUGAGCAUCGAGGGGCCCAGCAAGGUGGACAUCAACUGUGAGGACAUGGAGGACGGUACUUGCAAAGUCACCUACUGCCCCACCGAGCCGGGCAACUACAUCAUCAACAUCAAGUUCGCGGACAAACACGUGCCCGGGAGCCCGUUCACAGUGAAGGUGACAGGGGAAGGGCGCAUGAAGGAGAGCAUCACCCGGCGCCGGCAGGCCCCCUCCAUCGCCACCAUUGGCAGCACCUGCGACCUCAACCUCAAGAUCCCAGGGAACUGGUUCCAGAUGGUGUCGGCUCAGGAGCGGCUGACCCGGACGUUCACGCGGAGCAGCCACACAUACACACGCACGGAGCGGACGGAGAUCAGCAAAACCCGAGGCGGGGAGACCAAGAGGGAGGUGCGGGUGGAGGAGUCCACGCAGGUCGGGGGCGACCCCUUCCCAGCUGUCUUCGGAGACUUCCUGGGCCGCGAGCGGCUCGGCUCCUUCGGGAGCAUCACCCGGCAGCAGGAGGGUGAGACCGGGUCCCAGGACAUGACCGCGCAGGUGACGAGCCCAUCCGGGAAGACGGAGGAGGCCGAGAUCCUGGAGGGCGAGGACAGCGCCUACAGCGUGCGCUUUGUGCCCCAGGAGAUGGGGCCGCACACAGUCACCGUCAAGUACCGGGGCCAGCAUGUGCCAGGCAGCCCUUUCCAGUUCACCGUGGGGCCGCUGGGCGAGGGCGGGGCCCACAAAGUGCGGGCCGGGGGCACCGGGCUGGAACGUGGUGUGGCUGGCGUGCCAGCGGAGUUCAGCAUCUGGACCCGAGAAGCGGGGGCCGGAGGCCUGUCCAUCGCAGUAGAAGGGCCCAGCAAGGCUGAGAUCGCAUUUGAGGACCGCAAGGAUGGGUCUUGCGGAGUCUCCUAUGUCGUCCAGGAGCCAGGGGACUAUGAGGUCUCUAUCAAAUUCAACGAUGAGCACAUCCCCGACAGCCCCUUCGUAGUGCCCGUGGCCUCCCUGUCGGACGAUGCCCGCCGCCUCACAGUCACCAGCCUCCAGGAGACGGGGCUGAAGGUGAACCAGCCAGCAUCCUUCGCAGUGCAGCUGAACGGGGCCCGGGGCGUGAUCGACGCCAGAGUGCACACUCCCUCAGGGGCCGUGGAGGAAUGCUACGUCUCCGAGCUGGACAGUGACAAGCACACGAUCCGCUUCAUUCCCCACGAGAACGGCGUCCACUCCAUCGACGUCAAGUUCAACGGCUCACACAUCCCAGGGAGCCCCUUCAAAAUCCGGGUUGGGGAGCAGAGCCAGGCUGGAGACCCUGGACUCGUCUCUGCCUACGGACCAGGCCUAGAAGGAGGCACCACUGGCGUGUCAUCAGAAUUCAUCGUUAACACAGUGAAUGCAGGCUCAGGGGCACUCUCGGUCACCAUCGACGGCCCCUCCAAGGUGCAACUGGACUGCCGCGAGUGUCCGGAGGGUCACGUGGUCACCUACACCCCCAUGGCCCCCGGCAGCUACCUCAUCGCCAUCAAGUACGGUGGCCCCCAGCACAUCGUGGGCAGCCCCUUCAAGGCCAAGGUCACAGGACCCAGGCUGUCAGGUGGCCACAGCCUCCACGAGACUUCCACCGUGCUGGUGGAGACGGUGACCAAGUCCUCCUCCAGCCGUGGCUCCAGCUACAGUUCCAUCCCCAAGUUCUCCUCUGACGCCAGCAAGGUGGUGACCAGGGGCCCCGGGCUGGCCAAGGCCUUCGUGGGCCAGAAGAACUCCUUCACCGUGGACUGCAGCAAAGCAGGCACCAACAUGAUGAUGGUGGGAGUCCACGGGCCCAAGACUCCGUGCGAGGAAGUGUAUGUGAAGCACAUGGGUAACCGGGUGUACAACGUCACCUACACCGUCAAGGAGAAGGGGGACUACAUCCUGAUCGUCAAAUGGGGUGACGAGAGCGUCCCGGGAAGUCCCUUCAAGGUCAACGUGCCCUGAGCUCCCAGCCUGCCUCCCCCAACCCCUCCACGGUCAUCCACCCCUCCCCACACACAGAAACGCGCACACACACACACACACACACACACACAAACACAGAGGCCAGUCAGCUGGGGACAAGGGGGCAGUACCCUGAGUUUUGGGGUGCCAGAUGAAUGGACUGAUUUCCCAUUGGGAUCCCCCCUCAUCCUAGGCAGGGGUCCCUGGGCCUCUCAUCAGAGGGGCUGUGUCCGUCCCUGGGAUGUGCUCUUUGAAUUGGACCGUGGAGCUGAGAAGCACCCCCUCAUCCCUAGAGUGGUUGGGGCACACCUACCAAAAUUUGCCUGUGGGAGUUGGGGAGAGGGAGACAAAAAACCCAGGAGGUGUUGGCUGUGCUGAGCCGGGGGCUGCAGGGGGCGCAUGUGUGUGUUUUGUGUGUGAGCCCCCCCAAAAUGCACCUACAGCCAAGAACGCGGGACACGCCUGCCCCCGAAUUGGAGAUGCCCAUGCCCCCCAGGACUGUAACUUGCCCCCUCCCACCCCCCACCCCCACUCUCCUGGGGCCGACGACCUGGAGAAGCAGAUAAAGGACACAGACGUUUAGGAGGGAAAAAGAUGUUUGAAGCGAAGAAAAAAAAGAUUCAGCGGUGACAACGGCAGCAGCAGCACCUGGGGGAAGGUGAACUUUUGUACACUUCGCACAGCCCAGCUUCCUGGGGGACUUUUUUUACCAUUGCACAGCUCAGCCCCCGAGGGGGGGCCUUUUGUAUGCAUUGCGCGGCCCAGCUUUCCUGGGGGGCUUUUGUACCUCUCACGUGGGCAGCUGCUGGGAGCUGCUGGGGUGGAAAGCUCUGGCCCCGAAUAAAGUGUGGCCUGCCCCAGUGG